UUCCCGGAAGUGCAACUGGUGCUUCAUGGACAAGGAAGAGAUAUUUGUUGAGCUGUAGUCUGGAGACCAUAUUAACUUUUAUAUCUUGACCCAGAGUGACUCCUGUUAACCCGACAUCAUGCCUCUGUUCGCACAGAAUCCUUUCGACCAAGAUGUCGAGAAGGCAACCAAUGAAACCAACACAACAGAUGACUGGGGCCUAAUCAUGGACAUCUGUGACAAGAUUGGGACGACAGCCAAUGGACCAAAGGACAGCUUGAGAUCCAUCAUGAAGAGAGUCAACCACAAGGUGCCUCAUGUUGCCAUGCAGGCCCUCAACCUGCUCGGUGCUUGUGUGUCAAACUGUGGCAAAAUAUUCCACCUGGAAAUCUGUUCAAGAGAGUUCGCCAGUGAAGUGCGGAGCGUGCUGAGCAGGGCCCACCCGAAGGUGUGUGAGAAGCUAAAGGCUCUGAUGGUGGAGUGGGCUGAAGAAUUCCAGAAGGAUCCACAGCUCAGCCUGGUCAGCGCCACCAUCAAGUCCCUGAAAGAGGAGGGCGUCAGCUUCCCCUCGCCGUCCUCACAGGGGUCCAACUCAAAGGGCAGCACGACCGCUGUGAGCAAAGCAUCCGAUGAUGACAACCUGGCCAAAGCCAUCGAGCUGUCCCUGCAGGAGCAGAAGCAGCAGGCUGAGACACGGCCCCUGAGCGUGACCUCUGACCCCCCAGCCUACACCAACGGUGGUGGGGGGCAGGAGGUGCGGAAGGUGCGAGCGCUGUACGACUUCGAAGCAGCUGAAGAUAAUGAGCUGACAUUCAAGGCUGGAGAACUCAUUCUGGUUCUGGAUGACAGCGAUCCAAACUGGUGGAAAGGAGAGAACCACAGAGGAAUGGGACUGUUCCCCUCCAACUUUGUCACAACCAAUCUGAACGCUGAGCCUGAGACAGUGACUUAUGUCGAAAAGACGUCCAGUUCUGAAGAGACGAGCCUGGAAACCAAAGUUGAGCCUGAGCCUGUCUUCAUUGAUGAGGCAAAGAUGGACAGAACGCUGGCACUGCUGCAGAAUGCAGAUCCUGCAGAUCCGGCUCCUGACGCUCCAGAGCUGAUCCAGCUGGAGGGUGCGUGUGAACAAAUGAACCCGCUGAUUGAUGAGAAGCUGCAGGAGAUUGACAGGAAACACUCAGAGCUGUCUGAGCUGAACGUCAAAGUUCUGGAGGCCCUGGAGCUUUACAACAAGCUCAUGAACGAGGCUCCGUUCUACUCGACCUACUCCAAGAUGCAGACGCAGUACGCUCCAGCCGGCUCAGCUGUGGCCAUGCAGGGCUACAUGGGCCCCGCCAGCGGCCCCUACCUGCCUCCAGUGAUGUCACAGGUUCCUCCUGCUCAGCCCUACAGUCUGCCCAGCGACCAGCCCGGACCGCUGCACUCACUCCCCCCUAACGUCUCCGCCCCGCCCAACAGCCAGGCUGCACAGCCUCCAUACAUGAGCACUGCGAUGAACGCUCAGUACAUGAACCAGGCUGCUGGAGCUCCUUACCCACACCAGGGGGGCGUGGCCAUGGACAUGUCGACCUAUCACAACUCCAACAUGCCUCCUGUGUCCUAUCCUGUGGCUGCUCCUCCUCACCAGGCUCCUCAGCAGCAGCAGCAGCAGCAGCAGCAGCAGCAGGCGGCGUACUACCAGCAGCCUCUGCUGUAAAACUGAGACUGACUGCAGACCUGAGAUCAGUUCACACCUCAGAUAUUUCACUGUCCAGUGUUCAUUCAGCUCACCUGGUGUGUGUGUGUGUGUGUGUGUGUGUGUGUGUGAGAGAGAGAGAGAGAGAGAGAGAGUGUGUGUGUGUGUGUGUGUGUGUGAGUGUGUGUGAGUGUGUGUGUGUGUGUGUGUGUGUGAGUGUGUGUGAGUGAGUGUGUGUAAAUGCUUUAGGAAACAUUCCUUCAGCCUUUCUUGUGCCUGCUGAGCUGAACUGAACUGAACACGCUGAGUGAAAGGUGAAAUACCUGAGGUGUGUGUGUGACGCAGGUGUGUUGUUGAGUCGGGACACUCUGUGUGAACGUCCUCAGCUACUGUACGUGAGGCUAAACACGGCGUCAGGACUUUUCUCCUGUCCUUCACUGCUUUUUCCUGACUGACAGUGAACGCAGCGCUGGUCUUCACCCACAGGUCACCACAGAAGAAGAGUUGGGUUUAAAUCCAGGACCAUAAAACGAUCAGUCAUCACCUCACUGACUCAAUCAGCACGUCACACUUAACACAGAGCUCAUCUAAACAUCACUGUUUCUGAAUUCAACCGAACUGAAUCCACACGUCCUCAUCUGAGGUUUUAACAGACGGUCGGGUCACGUUCACUCUGACGGAGGUAAACCAAGCGUCUGUUUCCACCUCGUCGCAGAGUAGCCAACACAGACUCUGGAAACGUUCAGCCACAGUUCAGUACUGCACCAAAACAAUCUGAUAAAUAUCACGUUAAGGGGGCGGGACUUAUGAUCAGCCAAUCAGCGCCACAGGCUAAUGCUGUUAUCAGGCUGAUGUCAGGCGGUGUGUCGGAACUAAUGAGGACUAAUAACAAAAAUGGCGAGCACUAUAAACAAGACAGGCGCUGCGCUCUACAUCAACACGUCCUCUCACUGUCACCUGACAUCGUCGUUUCUUUAACUUCCCUCCACUCUGUGUCACAGGUGUGUCGGUGUCGACGUUAGAUUCAGGCACCUCGGUCUGCACUGAUUGGUUAAGAGAAAUCAAAUCUCCCUCCCACACAGAAAUCAGUGGGAGUGGACGCAGUGUGAGACUGAAGAUGAAACAGAGUGUCAUGAGUCGACAGUUCAGUCUGACAUCAUGAAACUAAACCAGCAGGUGGAACAUCAGCCUUUAUGCAAACCUCCGCACGGCUGGUUUAAACUGAUCAAUGCUGAGGCGUAUCUGUUCCAUCAGAUGCUUCAGAGACAGAUGAUCGAAAAACAGACGACAAAAUCUUUGCACAGACGUGUUCUGCAGAGAAAAUCAUGUCAGUCUCAUUUUGUUGUUCAGACAGGAAACUGACUGAGCACGUUAGCUGUGGACUGAAGCUCGUUAACACCUGAAUUACAUGUUCAAAAGUUUCUGCAUUAAAGAAAAACGUCAUCCACAGACUGACUGUUUGUACGUCAGUAACCUCCACGUGUUGCAUUCAAUCUGGGAAGAAAACUUUCUCACAUGCCUCCACGCUGAACCAAAUAGUAUGACCCUAUUGUUUUCAAUGUACAACCCCACAUCGAUGUGUAGACGCUCUUGGACACGCCGCUCAAACAAGCCAGUUUUCGUAGUGGCCAAACAGUGGUACUGCAGUUCUCGGGUCUGUCACAUGAUGCCAUCAACCCAAAAAGACUUUUACCAUGGAGCUACACUGGGACAGAGACGUCUGUAAAUCAGUGGAUGAAUCUGUUUGAGUGACACAGUCCCUGUAUCAUAUGAUCCCUGUUCAAGUCAGUAGAGCGCUAAACCUGAACACAUCCAUUAACUGUAGGUGCAACAUUUAAUAUGUUGAAGUAGCUCGUACAUUUCACUCUAGAAGAUCUGAACUGUUUCCUGUCAGUGCUCAGUAUUUUCUGAUUCUUCGUUCACUGUGGAGAAAUGUGGAAACAAAAAAGUUUUCUCUACAAAUUCAGUGUACCACGUGGAGAGGAGCUGGUGUUCAGAGGGUCACGCCCCCCUUUAAUGUUUCUGGUUUUAAUGAUGAUGUUUUAAAGACUGUGGCUGAAAUCAUCUGACAGACAGGUCCACUUCGUUCUGACCUCUGUGACCUUUAGUGCGACUCACACUGACUGAUCCAAAGCUGCAUCUCUGUGAGAGUUGGUGUUGCUGCAGAGCCUGUGUGAGCGGGGCCACACCUCCUCGCUUCAUGACAAAAUGUGCCGGAGCUCCAUCCUGAUUUUCUUCACCACCAGCAUCCGUCAGCUCACCUGAUAAAGUACAAACUCUACAUUCAUCCAUCACAUGUUCGUUAACACUUCUGUUUGUGUAAAUGGUUAAAACCUUUUCCUUAAACUCACUGCCUUGUGAUGCGUUCAGUGGAUUCUGCAUCUGACAUAUUUAAGACGACAUUUUCUGUGUGUGUGUGUGUACGUGUGCACAUAUUUGUUUUUUACAUGUGUGUAUGUGUUUGAGGGCUUUACCCGCCGUAGGUUCUUUAUCAAUGUAAAAAAGAGUAACACUGAUUUUCACGAUGAUCGUCAGACUUUAGGGUGAAGUGAGUAAUAAUCUGAUGAACACGCUGCGUCUCUUCAUGAUCAUCACGUCGUCCCGUCACAUGUCGGCUCUCUGUCACUCAGCACAUCCUGUCAGGACGUCAUGUUUUAUGCAAACACACCAGAUGUUUCAUGUCAAACCUGUCAGUGACUGUACUUUGAUUUAUAUAUAUGGAGACAUUAUACAUGUAUAAUUUACAUGGCUGGAGAAUUUGUAAUUAUUAUUAUUCUGUUGCUUCUGCUUUUAAUUUGAUUUUUGAAAAGUUUCAGAAACAAGAUGACGACAGAAACGUGAGAGAUGUGUUUUUAACUGUUUGUUUUUGGGGUUAAAUUGAGGAGCAGCUUUGACAGGAUCUACCGUCUGUGUGUUGCAGUAGCUCCGUAGUUAUGACUCUAUCCAGACCUGUCUAUACUUUCUUUAUGCGCCUGAUAUUAAAGGCCUUGUAUAUUAGAUGUAAGAUACCUGGUUUUGUUGGUGACGUUGCACCUUAGCUUUGUAAACUUUUAUUUACCACUGGAUGCCUUGUUUCUCUGUAGAAAUCAAAGGACGACACGGACACGACGUUAUACGGCGAGUAACUUCAGAAUCCGCUGGAUAUGUAUAAUUCUGUAUAUUUAAAAUAUUCCAAGAAAAGUUCCUUUAUCCAGGAUUUAAACAGCUUUUUUAACAGAGCGAACUUAUAAUAUUCUUUAAAUAAAAGAAAUUUACCUGUGA